UAAUCACUGUCUAUUUUUAUGACAGAUCGCUUUUAGAAAUUUUCGUCGAUAAUUUUAUUUAAAACGAUACAAAAUUAUUAGUUACAUCAGAAAAAAAUUGGGCAUGGAAGAUGAUAAUACGAAAGACGGUCCAAACGAACCUUCCACAAGUAAGAAAGCGAGUCAGAGUAACAAUUCCGUAGAUGAUGAAUAUAAUGAUAAUAGAGACCAAAGAAUAAAUAGAGACAUGUCAGAAUCGGAUACUUAUUCAGAAAUAAGUGACGUUGAUAUGGCAAGAACUAACCAAGAGCUACGGACAAGUUCGAUUUUAAAGAAAUAUGUCAAAAGUAACGCGAAGAAGAAGAACACGAGGCGUUUGGCAGGGAGGAUUAAAAAAAGGGGACGUCCGCCAGCGAAACGUCAACCGCGCAAAUCACUUAAGCGAAAGUCCAAAACCACAGGCGAAAAGAAGGAGAGAGAUAUAUCCGUCUCGACUAUUUUCACGCGUUUGUCAUCGAAUGGAUUCCAAACACCUGGAUGUGAACGUUGUGGACAUCGUUGUUGUCUAAGAAGGUACAAUUACGAAUUAUGGAAGAAGUUUAAUCGAUAUGAACAGGAUCUUCGUAAAUAUAACCGACAUAUUAGCAGCAAUAAAGAUAAGAAAAUGGAUCAAACAGAGAAAUUCUCAGUUUUAAAUGAAAUUUUAAAAAUUGUCUUCCCUUGUGUCAUUAUGAAGAAGGUGCUCAAGCUGGAUCUUGCAAUAAAUCCAGAUAUGAUAUAUGAGGCUCUGAAGCGGCUUACGAUGUGGAAACAGGAUGUACCGACGAACUCUAUACUGGAAUAUAUAGCUCAAAAUUAUCCAGUUAAUACGAAAAAGGCCGAAUUAAUCAGAGAGCUGUAUGACAAGCUCACGAUCGCAAAUAUACUGGGAAUAGUUUCUCGUACGUCAGCUGACACGUGGGGUUUAGGUCACGUGUUCCAGAAGCGAAGACCGAACAAGAAUCACGUGACCAUGUUCUGGAAAGUAUAUGCGGAUACUUUAAAACCAAUUGCUAAGAAAGAGAACACUGAAAUAGCUGAAGAGCCAGACAUGUGGGAGAAAGCGACAGACAAAAAUGUUAAUUCCCUUGCAACACAUGAAGAAGCUAUUUUAUAA